GAACAUGCAUAUGACGUGUACUUGACAGUUGGCAAUAAUUAUUUUCUAUAGAAAAACACCAAAAAAUAAUGUUUUCAUUCCAGUAAAUUAAUUAAAAUAAUUUGAUAAAUUUGCAAUAAAAAAACAAGUGUUUAAUAACAAUAGAAACGUUUGGAAAGUGGCAAAAGUAAAUAAACAAUAUGCUGACGCUAAGAGAAAGGCAAAUAAAUGCUAUUAAGCAAAUGCUUAAUCUAAAUGUUCAACAGCCUAAAGUUUUAGCCGCUGAACCUGUUUGGAAAAUAUUGAUCUAUGACCGGGUGGGUCAAGAUAUCAUAUCGCCCAUUAUAUCGAUAAAAGAGUUAAGGGAAUUGGGUGUAACUUUGCAUGUACAACUGCAUUCAGAUCGUGAUUCUAUACCCGAUGUUCCUGCCAUUUACUUUUGUAUGCCUACCGAUGAAAAUUUGGAUCGUAUACAACAGGAUUUUACCAAUGGCCUUUAUGACAUCUAUCACUUGAACUUCUUGGCUCCCAUUUCGAGACAGAAAAUAGAAGAUUUAGCUGCUGCCGCUUUGCAGGCCGGUUGUGUGGCUAAUAUUCAUCGGGUCUAUGAUCAGUAUGUGAAUUUUGUCAGUUUGGAAGAUGAUUUCUUUAUAUUGAAACAUCAGAAAAGUGAUCAAUUGUCUUAUUAUUCCAUAAAUCGUGCCAAUACGCGGGACGAUGAAAUGGAAGCUCUUAUGGAUUCUAUAGUGGAUUCCUUAUUUGCUGUUUUCGUUACCCUGGGAAACGUACCUAUUAUACGUUGCCCCCGUAACACUGCAGCAGAAAUGGUGGCACGCAAGUUGGAAAAGAAAUUACGUGAAAAUUUGUGGGAUGCUCGUUCAAAUCUAUUCCAUAUGGAUGCUACUCAAGCUGGUGGUGGGGUAUUUAGUUUUCAACGUCCUGUUCUUUUACUGCUAGAUCGUAAUAUGGAUUUAGCUACUCCUUUACAUCACACCUGGUCUUAUCAGGCUUUAGUACAUGAUGUUUUAGAUUUGGGUUUGAAUCUGGUGUACGUAGAAGAUGAAUCACCAGCGGGAGGCACUCGCAAAAAACCCAAACCUUGUGAUCUAGAUCGCAAUGAUCGUUUCUGGAGCAAUCAUAAAGGCAGUCCUUUCCCCACAGUGGCCGAGGCUAUACAGGAAGAAUUAGAAUCCUAUCGUAAUUCUGAGGACGAAAUUAAACGUCUUAAAACUUCUAUGGGUAUUGAUUGUGAAAAUGAGGUGGCCUUUUCUAUGGUCAAUGAUACCACAGCACGUCUAACUAAUGCUGUCAACUCUUUGCCUCAACUCAUGGAAAAGAAACGUUUAAUUGAUAUGCAUACAAAAAUUGCCACUGCUAUUUUGAAUUGCAUUAAACAGAGACGUUUAGAUUCCUUCUUUGAGCUGGAAGAGAAAAUCAUGUCCAAACAGACUUUGGAUAAACCUUUAUUGGAACUUUUUAAAGAUCCUGAAUUUGGCACAGCCGAAGAUAAAUUAAGACUUUUCAUUAUAUUCUAUAUUUGCUCACAAAAUGUGCCCGAUUUUGAAAUCGAACGUCUAAAAGAGUCUCUACAAGAAGCUGGUUGUGAUUUGUCUUGCUUGGCUUAUAUACAACGAUGGAAGGGCAUUAUGAAUCGUACGCCCAAUAUGCAACAGGCCACUCAAUAUGAGGGUGGCGGCACUAAGACUGUUUCGAUGUUUUCGAAAUUGGUAUCGCAGGGCUCGUCGUUCGUCAUGGAGGGUGUUAAGAAUUUAGUGGUGAAAAAACAUAGUCUUCCUGUUACCAAAAUUACUGAACAAGUCAUGGAGUGCCGCAGUAAUCCUGAAACCGAUGAUUAUCUCUACUUAGAUCCUAAACUCUUAAAAGGUGGAGAUGUUAUGCCUAAAAAUCGUGCUCCCUUCCAGGAUGCUGUGGUAUUUGUGGUGGGCGGUGGCAAUUAUAUUGAAUAUCAAAAUUUAGUAGAUUUUAUACGUCAAAAACAAACUGCCAAUGUUACGAAACGCAUUGUCUAUGGCUCUUCGACUCUAACAAAUGCCAAACAAUUCCUUAAAGAACUGUCGGCAUUGGGUAAGGAAAUACAAGGUCCUGUCUUAAGUUAGGAUUCUGAAUAUUUAGCUAAAGGUUCACAUUUCAAGUGCUGUUGAACAGUAUAAUAUUUACGAUAAAAAACACACACAGAGAGCAUCGUCGUUGCAACGUAAUGAAGAUGUAAUAUUAACUCUACAUAAUAA